CACAACUACUACCUCCAAACUACUUACUAAACGUCAUUGACAGUGCGCAAACUUGCGCCUUACCGUGCCAUCAUGUGUUCCAUCACACCAAAUGCGGAUUCCGAGCUUCGUCCGCCCGCACGUCCCGCGCGCAAGCGCAAGACGGCCACCUACACCGAGGAAGAUGAUGACACGCCUUUCAACUGCCAGUCAAAGAAACUGAAAGAGUCUAUGAAUGCCUCCGAUGUUGCUAACCUCACCGAAGACCCACCCAAGAAGACGCCAAACAAGAAAGGCAAGCGCAGCAAUGGAGACACUACUGAAGAGAAGCGUCUGAGGCGAUUUCGUCCGCAUGCACCUCAAAGCUACCUAGCAGUAAAAGAACGAGCUCUUACUCAGCGCCUCACCGUCCUCUCUCGUGAACGCAGCGGAACUGACGAUGCCCCGGUAGAGACGGCCAUCAUCGCAGGUUCUACCGGCAACGUCUAUACCGUCACCAUCGGCCUUGUUCCGAGUUGUGAUUGUCCACACGCAAAGAGAGGAAAUCAAUGCAAGCACAUUAUCUACAUCAUGCUCCGCGUACUAAAGUCCCAGGAGGAUGUUGCGUACCAAUUAGCUCUCACCAGUUCUGAAUUGCGCGACGUGAUCAAGAACGCACCGCCCAUGCCAGGUGUCGAGACAGACGGCAGAGACGGGGCAGAGAAGGAAGGAGAAGACGGAAAUCGCAAACCCAUCGAGGGCGAGUGUCCCAUCUGCUAUGACGAGCUCGAUGACAAAGAAGCGGUCGUGUACUGCAAGGCCAGCUGUGGAAACAAUGUACACAAGGAGUGCAUGCAGAAGUGGUCAGCUAUGUCGAAGGGCAAAUCGACGUGUCCAUAUUGCCGCGCUAAGUGGGCGGAGGACAUGGGAUUUGAGGGCAAAUUUGGCAAUGUGGACAUGAAGGGGCUGGAGAGAAACGAGGACGGUUACGCCAAUGUGGCAGGCCAGCUGGGACUGAGUGGCCAAAGAGACUACUCAACAUAUCACCAGUUCUGGGUGCGACAGCAUCUGGGACAUGGCGGGAGCGGAAGAAGGAGGGGAGGCUCCGAGUCUUACGAUGACUACUAGGCUGACGACUUUCGACUUGUGUUUACUUCUGGAAAUGGGAUCGGGUGCAUCUGGCGUUUGGGACAUCUAUACCCGGAAGAGCACGAUUUGGCCGGCGCACAUCUGCGUUUGAGGAGAAAAGUCUUAUCUCAGUCGACAUUUACUACCUAUUCUGAGCAUUUCCCUCAUAUGGGGUAUUUGCUGCUCAUUAUAUUCUUUUCGCCAGCAGGUAUGGACACAGCACAGGACCACUCGAGAUGACCUGUGAUUAGCAAUGGCAGUAAAAGCCGUAUGCAUAUUUAUCAUUCAGUCAAUUGCAUUAUUCCA